ACAACGCACAUUUGGAGCAUCCCGGUAAGAGAUUACACGGUGAUAUAAUCAGAAACGUGACGUAAACAAUGACAAAAAAAUGUUGAUUACUUAAAGAUACAUCUAUUGUCUAUUUGUUUGAAACGCUUUCUUUGUCUAAAGUUUUUGAUUUUCAUCAAAGGAUUAUUCCGGUUUAAACGACGUAAAUGAAAGGCAGUAUGAUCUUUAGAGUACCAACAACACCCCCUGUCGGUCAAUUUAUCAUCCUUCAAAUAGGCCUACAUUUUAGUUUUGUAUGUAGGUGUGGUCGAGGCUAAGGUAUUUAAUCUAACCAAAAUAUAUGAGUAAUCAGGGAGGGAUACAGUAAGUUUACAAUACAAAAUGAUCCUGUUUUUCAUUUGUCAGUUAAAAUAUAUGUAGGCUAUGUGUUAUAACACAUAUCCUUUGCUUACUAAAGCAAUGACAUUGAUAUACAUUUGAAAGUUACAGUCUACAACCGUUUCCAUCUAAUAAUCAUAAUAUUUUUUUUUUUUAUAUUUUGAAAUAAAUAAAUAAUAAUAAGUAGUGUGUGUGACCAAAUAUGAAAAGAAAAGAGGUCGUCAUUCAAUUCCAUUUUAUUUGUAUAGCCCUUAAUCACCAUUACAUUCUCAAAGGGCUGAACAGGCCAAAUAUUUAUGAACCCUCUCUGAAGAUGGGUAAGCCCUCCACACACACACACACACACACACACACACACACACACACACACACACACACACACACACACACACACACACACACACACACACACACACACACACACACACACACACACACACACACACACACACACACACACACGCACACACACACAGACCCUUAAAUUAGUCAGCCAACCACUGCGGUGCUACGGCAACCAGGUGACUCCCAGGUAUGCAAAGCAGGUACAAGUCAUAAUAGAGCUGCAGGGAAGGACUUUGUUCGCUGCGUGCGUGUGUGAGGACAGGGUCCCUUCAGCCCAGCGAGUGUUUCAGGAAGCGAAGUCAUGAUCGAUGUCGCGGUCCCACGGAGAGGUCUGUCCUGAGAAUCUGAAGAACUGCAUGACUCAUAAUGGACGCUAUGUACAAAUACAUGUUCGCCUUUCUCCUGCUGUUUGGAUCUGGAGUGGGGGCGCAGCUUUCCCUGGACCCUCUGAGUGCGGCCGUACUGCUGGGCUCCACUGUGAGCUUUAAAGCCAACGUGACCGCCGAAUGGAGGGUCAUGACCUGGAACGUCGGCCCUCUGCUGGUGUUGACCAUCCUCCGCACCGACGGCGUCAUACAGUCCUUGCCGCGUUACGUAGCGCGCAACAUCUCCACCGGCAGCACAGGGGGCGCCUGGGAGUUUAGCAUUGUCGACGUCCAGAAGAGCGACACCGGCCCGGUGGUCUGCACCAUCCAGGGCUUCUUUGGGUCCAAGACAGCAACGCUUCAGGUGCAAGAGCAAGGCACAAUAAAUAUUUCGUCCGGGAACCAGACGGUGAACCAGGACCAACAGGCGGAGUUCCGGUGCGAGCUGUCCGGCUGGUUCCCCGCCCCUGAGGUGAGCUGGCUGCUGGACGGUCAGCUGGCCAACACCAGCCUCUACAACACCACCUUCCAGGAACAGGGGUCAACCUUCAACGGCACCAGCGUACUCACAAUGAAGGCGGUCCGGGAUGCAACGGUGCAGUGCCGGGCGUUCCUCUCGGCAGCCACCGGACUGCAAACCGUCUACCUGUCGGUUGUCCCUACGCCAACCGACUGGACCGUCCUCAUUGCUGUGGUUUUGUCCUUUUCAAUCGCUGCACUACUGGUGUUGCUCAUCAUACUGAUUUUCUUCUGCAUCAGACGGAAGAAGGAAAAAGAAAAGGAAUUAAGGGAAGGAAGGCUGCAGGGUCGAGCUGUUGCAGCACGCCCCCGAAAUGGAACCAUUAACCUGGGAUUUGCAAUGGAUGAUCGAACAAGUACAGACCAAGGGCCUGCUCGCACGCACGCACGCAUGACUCCAAGUGUUGAAAGGGAUCUAAGUCAGAACGACGACCCCCGCAUUUAUCAGAUUCCUCCGGUUGAUAACCCAGCCCGGAACGGAGCCAAUGACUUCCCCGGCGGCGAAAAUGUCAUGGAGUAUCGAAAACACAGACACCUCACCCACGUCUGAAGAUGUUAAACUUAAGCGUUUUAUAUUGAUGCUAUCUCUACACGUGCCACCAUGUUUCUCUCCAAAAGUAAAAAAAGACAGUCAGAGUUGUGAUACCGGACCAUCACUGUGAUGUAAAACACAAAUGAGAUCAAGGUGCUAGAGAAAAAACACAGUUUACCUCCAUGCAUGUAAAUUAUAUAUUGUAUUUUGUAUUUUCUGGUAGAUAAGGAUACAUUUGUGAAUCUCAAUGCCUCGAGAUUGACAUAUUUUAAGCUUUAAUAUAUAUAUUUAUGGGUUGCUCUGUUGAAAUUAUGUUUAUACUGCUCAACGGUAAGCCUCCUAAAAUGUGCCUGCCAUGUGUCGAGACACAACCACAACCGUUUUAAUUAAGAUGCAAUUAAUGAUUCUGUCUCCAGUCUUGUCCCAUUUUGAGCUUUGUAUGACGUUAGCCACGCAUCGUGUGACGAAAUCAAGCGCGUUACACAUUAUGGUUCCUCUGUAUGCUGCUUCCAGUUUAUAUAGCCAAUCGUUGGUGGGUUAAUGAUCCCUGUUUUAAUAGACGGAUUCAGAUGAGGUUAAUUUAUAAACUUAAUCGAUGAAUACAUUAAUAAAUGUUAAUGGUAAAGCAUUAACAUAUUUGCCAUUGAACAUAUUCUCUCUUGAAACACUCCCAUCAAACAGUGUUGAAUUAAUGACACUUCUAAUACAGAAGUUGAGCCACACUUAGUGUUUCAUAUCUAGAUGAUUAAUAAAUGAGUGAAUUCUU